CAUUGGCUCGACAGUCGGCACCAACAUAUUCCUCCGCGUCUUACUUUAUCACGCAGACAUGCAAGGGGGGCGCGCAAUCUGAGGUACAGUCGAGGUACUCCGGAUUUGAGGACCGAGUAGACGCGCAUCUUCAGGGGUCAUAAAGGAGAGCCGUUGCGGUGCAAUAUGGAUUGUAUCCCCCGCAUUCCACCUACGCGCCGAGGCUCGGAUUAGCCCCGCAUGGAUGGUCGGCGCACACAUGGAGUACAAAGCCGAUGCUGACGAACAUGCCUGCCUGUCCGAGCCCGAUUCUCUCAGGGAGAUUUGUCCUCUCGGAUUCGCUCCAGGACCCUUCACCAUGAGGGCGACUCUUGGGUGAAUUGGUGCACUUUUUUUUUACUCGGCGACGCGGGCUCCCCUUUGUUUUCCGACAAGGGCUUAACUCGGAGGCGCUUUGCUUCGCCCAGCUGUUCCCGGGGGUCGGCAGUGAUGGCAGCCGGCCGCCCCCAGGCACAGAACCACCCGCCCGAGAACGGCUUCGCCCAACUGGACCUCCCGCCACCCAGGCUGCUGCAGCACGUCGACGGCUCGGUUCUACCGUCUCUCGGGGGGUUCGGGAGGCAUCAAAAGCAGCUUGUAGUUCUGACCUGGAUACCAGCGUUGUUCAUCGGUUUUAGCCAGUUCUCGGAUUAUUUCCUCUUGGCACAACCCAACGGCACGUGUUUGCAGCGUUUGUCGAACGAGAGCAAUGUGACCGUGGAAUUUCCCGCGGUGACCGGUACCGACCUCACGGUCAACAUUACCGGGGAGGGAUACGACGACGGUAGUGGUGUGCUUUGCGCCUGCGAGGAGAGGAGGCUGGAGCUGCAAACUGGGCUAAGUCAGAAUGUGGUUACCAAGUGGAAUCUGGUGUGUGACUCAGCCUGGAAGGUCCACAUUGCCAAAUUUUCUUUGCUGGUGGGCUCAAUAUUUGGCUACCUUGUGAUGGGUGUCAUGGCUGACUGGUUUGGUCGACAGCCAGUGUUGAUUCUCUCUGUGCUCUUCAUGCUGGUGUUUGGUUUGAGUGUUGCCUUCUCUGUAAACGUCACCAUGUUCAGCACCUUGCGCUUUUUUGAGGGUUUCUGCUUGGCGGGCCUCGCUCUCUCUCUCUACGUGCUAAGGGUCGAGCUUUGUCUGCCUGGCUGGCGUUUCUCCAUGACCAUGGUGGCCAGUUUCCUAAUGGUGGGCGGGCAGCUACUGAUGCCAGGAGUGGCAGCUUUGUGCCGCAACUGGCCAAAUCGGGAUGACUGGCAGGUCCUGCAGAUUGUAAUAAUAAGCCCCUUUGUGUUGAUGCUGCCCUACGUUUGGAUCUUUCCUGAGUCUUUACGCUGGUUGUUGACCACCCAGCACUACAGACGCUCAAAAGCUAUGAUGCUCCGUAUCGCAAGAAAGAACCAAGUUGACAUGACAAGCGAACCAAGCGGAGUUUUUUCAGAGCUGGAGCAAGAACUGCACAAGAAACCCCAGAGAGCCUGCAUUGUGAAGAUGAUGAGCACCAGGAACCUGUGGAAAAACAUUGUAGUGCUAUGUGUAAACUCGUUGACCGGCUAUGGGAUCCACCACUGCUUUGCACGAAGUAUGAUGGACCCUGAGGCCCAGCCGACUGCUUUAUGCCACACAGACUACUACACAAUGGCUGGCAUCGCCGUGGCAACAUGCCUGGCACUGUGUCCCAUGGUGGGACUCAUGGGUAGACGUGGAGGGCUUCUAACCUUCAUGAUCAUCACGGCCCUUGCAUCACUACUGCAGCUAGGCUUGCUCAAUCUGAUUGGGAAAUACAGUCUCCGACAUGACACGGUUUUGAGAGACUCUCUUAACAGAAAAUGUUCUGUGGCCUUCUCCAUCAUUGGCAUGUUCUCUUCUCAUGCUGUCAGCACCCUCAGCAUUUUCUUUUGUGCUGAAAUCACACCGACAGUUAUCAGGGGUGGAGGUCUCGGCCUGGUCCUGGCAAGUGCCGGCUUUGGCAUGCUCACUGCGCCCAUCAUGGAGCUCCACAACCAGAAGGGCUACUUCCUGCAUCAUGUGAUCUUUGCUUGCUGCACGCUACUAUGUAUCAUCUGCCUACUGUUGCUCCCCGAGCCUCGCGGUCAACCUUUGCCCGAAACCUUGGCCGACGGAGAGACGUUUACUCGUCGAACGUUGCUCCACCCCGGCGAGCAGCACCUUCUCCUCGCCAAGAGUGACAGGGACUACUCCCGCGUCCACGACACACCACUUCACCUGUCCGCCACCGGGAGUGCUACUGUUGCAGCAGCGACCGCUCUGGCAGCGGUACCUGCCUCGUACUCCUUGGCCACUGGCGGGGAGGUAAUUGGCAACCACGCAAUAGCCAAUGGGGUAUGAACCUAACCACGAUUUGUUGGGCAACCACUAAGAAGACUGGAGCCCUAAAAAAAUGUGUGACUUGCGGCUGUGUCCUAACUCGCACACUUCCAUACUUGGGUCUUUUGAGUGCAGAAAGUAGUGCACAGUCAGUACCAGAUGUCGCACUUAAAAUACCAUCUUGGCUAAGUAGCGAAGAGGAAAAAAGUCGUACCAAUAAAAGAUUUCUUGUAUCCUUAUUUUAACUGUACGGCAUAUUUUGCAACUGCCGGGUGUCUAAUGACGAUAAAUGAUAAAUGCACAAUUUGGGGCAACACUACUUUGUCAAAAUUGGAACCCUCAAUAUCUACAAUAUUGACGGAAGUAUUUGAUUUGAGACACGGCCUGUAUUUUCAUUUGGAAAAACGUUCUGCUAAAGGCCUGAUAAUCAGUUGGAAUAGUAAGGCUGAAAUGGAGAUGGAAAUAUUUUUUGAUGAUUUGUGGUAAAAAAUGACAGAUGAAGAGUUGCCAAAGUUCCAGUGCAGAAGUCAAGCUGAUUUGAGUUUAUCUGAAGUCUCCUGCGGCCAACUUUUUUAAAGAGUCUUUCAGGUCAAAGCAGUCAAUGAAGGCAAAUAGAACAGUUAUCAGUAGAUUUUGUUUCAUGUACAGUACAGUACAAGUUUGGACACGCCUUCUCAUUCAAUGUGUUUUCUUUAUUUUCAUGACUAUUUACAUUGUAGAUUGUCACUGAAGGCAUCAAAACUAUGAAUGAACACAUGUGGAGUAAUGAACUUAACAAAAAAAGGUGAAAUAACUGAAAACAUGUUUUAUAUUCUACUUCCUUCAAAAUAGCCACCCUUUGCUCUGAUUGCCGCUUUGCACACUCUUGGCAUUCUCUCGAUGAGCUUCAAGAGGUAGUCACCUGAAAUGGUUUUCACUUCACAGGUGUCAGGGUUGAUUAGUGGUAUUUCUUGCUUUAUCAAUGGAGUUGGGAUCAUCAGUUGUGUUGUGAUUGAGAAGGUGUGUCCAAACUUUUGGCCUGUACUGUAUAUUCUAAUUAUGAAUGCUGAAGAGCGUCCCAAAAAUGUCUACUUUUCCCAUAAUAACACAGUUGCGUAGGUAACACAAAUUCCCUUUGAUUUGGAGAAUUCAAAGUAUUCUACUUCCACUUAACUGAACUGAUUCAAACCGUUUCAACGUCAAAACCGUUGAAAUGGGGACAUUUAUUUUCCACACUUCAAUAAUUCUCAGUUUUGUCAGGAUUCCAUAUUAAUCAGGCAAAAAUAUCGCCAUUGGAAUGAGUGGGUAUUUCCCCAAAUUCCGUUGCCCUCCUGUCAAACCCAACAAUUUUUCACCAGUCCAAACUUCCGAAUUUUCCCGUAAUUCCAGAUUUUCUAUGCAGCAUGUCAGUUCAGCCUCAGCUCUUCAGCAGUCAUACCCGAUUCUUUCGUUUGCACUAAAUGUCAGGGGACACAAUUAAGUGUAUGUGUUUUUCAACCAAUGCGGCGAUGCAGGGAUUGGCCUAAAACCACUACCACUGUUUUUGCAUGAAUGGGCACAAAGUUUAACAUGUUUUUUUCUUGUUAUUUGUGGUCCACAGUGGCACUUUAUCCUCUGACAGGUCACGGGGAGGUCAGUGAAGACAUUUUCUUUUUUUUAAAGUAAGCAUUACAGCUGUUUGUGAGGGUGUAUGAUGGUUGUGUGCCGUGGGCGAACAACCGGAGACCUUAAUGCACACAAUAAGUGUCGCUUGCUGGGAAUGCUAACAGACCUGAGAGUUGAUUGGACAUUGAAAGUAUAUUUUCGAUGUCUUAUGAAGCAUCUCAACAUUUUUGAAUUUCGUUAUUAGUCAUUUUGGAAAACCAGUAUUUUUUCCUUCACACUAGCGAGGACAAUUUUGUCAUCUGAAUUGCAUCCUUUUCUUGCAAAUAUCCCACUCCAAAUCUCACUGUGUUCUUUGUACUGUGGUAAUGAUGUAAUCCAGCUCCUUUGCUAAACCUAGACAGGAAGCACAAUCUUUGUGAUUAGACUAGACCAGUAUGCCUAGGUUUGGGCUCACUGUUAAGUGUUUAUUUAUACAAAAUAUCCCUUUGGACUGCAUACAGGUGUGUCAAUGUACCUUUUAAUGAUAAUGUGUGAAACAUCCACCUUAUAGUUAGAUAUAGUAUAUAAGCACAUUACAUAGUAACAGAAAACAUUUUGUCUUAGGGUCCACCAUCUUUCUUCAGCAUUUACUCACAUUUUAACCAACCUGUACAAUUUGCUAGUUUGUAAAAAAAAUACUCAGCCACUAAUACUGUUUUGUAAGUGUUAUUUUUUUUAAUGAUACAUUUGUACAAAAGCCAUAGGCCUACAUGUUUUGAUAAUAAAAAAAAUCACCUAAUUUAUUAUGUCAAUAAAAAAAAAAU